ACUAUAUUACUUAUUUUUUCAAAAAAUUAAAAAAACAUUUUUUUUUAUCGUAAAACUUGUAUAAAACAUUUUUUUAUAUUUUAUUUAGUUUAUGAGAUAUCGAGAAAAGGCAAAAAUACUUUCUUAAUUUGGAUUCGUUUGCCCGAGAUUUUCAUUCCGUUGAGGAGAAAAUCGCAAACAUUGGUAUUAUGGAUAAUCAACGUCCAGUAUACUUUGGUCGUCCUGAGAAUCAAAGAGACCCAAACGCAAUCCUCCCUGGUAAUCAACAACAACUUAGAUUACGCAGGCAAAAUGUAGCUGCUAAACCAGCUGAAGCUUUAGCUCAGCAGCAGUUACAACAACCACCACAACCACAACAACCACAACAACAGCAACAACCAGCAAAAGCAGCUCGCGGCAGGAGAUUUCCUAGAGCUAUCAACCCACCUGCUCGCUUACAAACUCAAGCAGACCUUAAAGACGUAAUACCUGAUAAUGAGGGUCCUGCAAAGAGUGCUAUUUUUGCUACAGGCAUGUCUAGUCGCGAAAUUAAUCUGGACACUAGAUUUACACCAUCAGCUAUAGAACGCGACGUAUUACUAAUGCUUGAUCAAUCUGCCUUCUCAAUACCUGAGCCAAUAAUGGUACAGAUUAAAGUUAUUGGUAAUACACAGACAAUGACAAAGGAACAUUUACAUCCAGAGUUCCCCGAACUACCCACUCAACAAAUUGCUGGCUUUGGUGGGUAUUAUGGCAGAAUAAAUGAAGAUACUCACAAUCUAUAUGAGGAAAUACCUUGUAUGGGAGUAUUAAGUGAAGCAGUACGCCAUUCCAUCAGCAACGAACCACCAGGUCCAUACGCCUCAUCAUUAGCUGAAGAAAACUUAACUCCAACAUCAAAUUUGUUAGGUUUUCAAAAUUUAGGAAGUAGAAGAAAUAAAGCUAAAAAUUUAGCUUUUCAUGCUGGAAUAACUAAUAAUGAAUUUCCAAGCUAUCCUCCUAACACAGGAAUAAAUUUAAAUCUUCUACAAGCCAUUUCAGCUCAAUUAUCUCACACUAAAACGUUCAGAGUGCAAACAAUUGCCUUUGGAAACUUAAGUGAGUCUGGAUUAUUGGCAAUUUUUGAAGAAUGGUUUCGUUUAUAAGAACCAACUAAAAAUUUCUAAAUUUAUGUAUUUAUCUUCUCUACAUUUAUGCCAAGUUUCAUUAAAAUCAGAAUUUUUGAGUUCGCGAAGUUCCCUUGUAAGUAAAAGCGGACAUUAACUUUUUUAUAAAAUUUUUUAUUUGUAUUGAACAAAUACUGACAAAGUUCAACUUAUCAUGCAAAGUAUAUAUGUACAGCUAAGAAAAUCUUUUUUAUUUUAAUUUUUUUUUUAAUUUAGUGUAAUCACGAUGUAUACGCAAAAAUUGUCUUACUGUCCUAUUGUUUUAUUAUCUUUUCUAUACAAAUAAUGAUAUAAAGUAAAUGCGCCAAUUAUAAGAAUAUUUAUACAAAAUUUAUUUAUUAUAAUUUUUUAUUAAAAUAUUUAACAAUAAACGGACUUGAUGAUCAAAUAAUUGAAUGAUUAAAAUCAACUAAGGAAAUUAUAGUGAAGCGAAAACUUGGCGUGCCAGGGUCGCAUUUUUUCAAUA